AUGCCGACUCAACUUGAAGAGUUGGUGGAAUUCCUCCACCAUGGCAAUACCCAAAUCAGAGGGAUCGCCUGUGAACAUCUUGUCGGCUUUUCCACGGCUCAGCCAGACCUCUUCAAGCGCCAUCAAUUACUCCCCAUCCGCGAUUUGAAGCUUUUGAAGGAACAUUGCGCUGAUGAUUGGCUAUGGAAUAUUGCGAAAAAUGCAUUAACCAUGUUGAUCAACCUAUCUGGCGACGAAGAAGUGCUGAAACUCCUCGCUCAAGAUGAGUUCAUCGAGGAUCUGCUUGCGAAAUUGAUUGUGAGUGAUGAUUUGAUAUGGGCGAACGAGGAGGAGCCCAACGCCGACGAGGUGGCUAUGCUCCUGGCCAAUCUGGCCAAAUCCGAAAAAUUACAGAGUCUCUUUACCAUCAAGCGUAAAGCCCCGAAAUCCGUGUCCACCUCGGAGAAUGCCAUCGACCAGAUUAUGGAUUGCUUCGUCAAGGGUGCCGAUGGUUCUCUCAACAAACACGCCAACUAUGAUUACUUGUCGUAUCUGUUCGCGGAUUUGUCGCAAACAGAGCAGGGCCGGGCUUAUUUCACUCAACGCCAGGACUACGAUGACGUGGUCCCUAUCACCAAGCUGACGGUGUUCACCGAACAUCGCAGUGAUGUUCGGAGGAAGGGUGUCGCAUCCACACUCAAGAAUGUGGCCUUUGAGGUUCCUGCGCAUCCAAUGUUGUUUGCCGAGGAUGGAGCCAACCUGUUGCCUUACCUAUUGCUCCCACUCGCGGGUCCAGAGGAAUUGUCCGAUGAGGACACCGCCGAUAUGCUACCAGAUCUUCAGCUGCUGCCCCCGGACAAGCAGCGGGAUAGUGACAACACCAUCAUCACAACGCACCUUGAAACCUUGUGUCUUCUGACCACCACUCGGGAGGGUCGGGAUCUUAUGCGAAGAGUCAAGGUCUAUCCUUUGAUUCGCGAAACCCAUUUACAUACCGAGGAUGAAAAUGUGCAAGAGGCAUGUGAUCGGUUGGUCCAGGUUUUGAUGCGAGACGAAGAGGGUGAAGGGGAACCAGAACCAGAGGAGAAGCAGACUGAGCCUCCAGUCCCAGUGAACGAGGAUGACAAGGUUCUUUAUAUUUUCUCUCUUCUGAUUCCUCAGAUCGACAAGAAUUGUGAGCUACUGUACGCCCUAAACCUGAAAUACUUCCUGUAUUUCACCAUACCCCCCACCAUCACGACUACCAAUAUUCCACUGCGAACGCGGAAGCUGUCUUGCCCCUCGGUCCCGAGGCGCAAGUGGCUUCCCGCUGAAUCGAAUACUGAUUCCUAUUCUGAUGACUGUGCGAGCGACAAUGGAAAUUGUGACCCAGACCUCGAUCACCCGGACAUGAACGAAGGGACUGUUGUCCAGCGUUUCCGGGCCUUCAUGUCGCGCGCCCCUCUUCUCCGGUCGUCGCCCGCCCUUGGUGCUUCCACAUAUGGAGCGUUAGGAAACCCAGAUGAAGACUCUGAUGAAGACCCAGAUGAUAUACUGGGAGAUGCUCUACGGAGCCAGAAUCCUCGCGAAGCUAGAUUACAACGCGCGAGCUUUGAAAAUGGCGCCGCAGGCUCUUCGAGCAAUGGCCCAAGAUCCCGCCUGAGACGGUCGCUUUCUUUUGGCAGGCGGCGGAACAGCAUAUACGCAGAGAGACACAAACGUCGCCCGUCGUCCGCUACGUCCGAUGUAGGAAUGGGAGCCGACUCAAAAUGUUCUUUUGCCACUGGACUAGCGGUACCAGGCAACCCAGUCAUGCAGGAGACACCGGUGUCUUCGCCAUACAUGACAAGUGACGACGAGGAUAUCCUCGACAUUGAUGAUGACAAUCCAAAAGAUUUCGAUGAGGAUCCUCCAGACAAUUCGCCAUAUGCUCAAGUUCGAGCUUCCGUCCCGGCGACAGAUGACGUAACUCUUUCUAUCAACACUCCUCGUAUGUGGAUUCUGUCAUUGCUCUUCUCUUUGACGGGCUCUGCCGCAAACCUGUUCUUCUCUCUGCGAUAUCCCAGCGUUGCCAUUACCCCGAUCAUCGCUCUUGUUCUGGUUCAUCCGCUGGGCAAGUUUUGGGAUGUGAUCUUCAAACAUACAGAUGACCCUCUCGAAGUCUUUGAGAAUGGAACUCUUCAUCAUCGAGAAGUAUUAUCCGGUGAGAUUGAUGUGCCUCCAAUUCCAUUGGUGUCUCGAGUGCGAUUGUGGUUUGGUCAAGGCCGUUGGAACGAAAAGGAACAUGCUUGUGUCUACAUUAGCAGCAAUGUUUCAUUUGGCUUUGCCUUUGCAACUGAUGUCAUUGUUGAGCAACAGAAAUUCUAUAAGCAAGAUGUUCCAAUCAUCUACCAACUUCUGCUCAUUAUCUCCACACAGGUUCUGGGUUAUGCAUUUGCAGGUCUGACUCGAAGAUUCCUUGUGCGGCCAUCGGCCAUGAUCUGGCCGGGAACCCUGAUGUCGACCGCAAUGUUCUCGACAAUGCACAAGAGCGUCAACAAAAAGGCAAAUGGGUGGAGUGUUUCCCGUUAUAAAUUCUUUGUCAUUGUAUGGGGAGGCGCUUUCCUCUGGUACUUUGUUCCAGGAUUAUUGAUGCCUGCCCUGAGCUAUUUCAACGUGGUCACUUGGUUGGCACCCAACAAUGUUGUGAUUUCGAACCUGUUCGGUGUUGCCUCGGGCCUUGGAAUGUUCCCUUUGACAUUUGAUUGGGCUCAAAUCGCCUACAUUGGUUCUCCAUUGCUUACGCCUUGGUGGGCCGCAGCCAACAUUGUGACGGGACUGGUGAUUGUGAUCUGGGCUGCAGCCCCUAUACUUUACUACAAAAAUGUUCUUUUCUCCGCCUAUAUGCCUAUUCUUUCCACGGCAGUGUUUGACAACACUGGGCGACCAUACAACGUCAGCCGAAUCUUGACCAAAGAGUAUUUUUUCGAUCAAAAGGCCUAUGAGGAUUACUCUCCGGUUUAUCUACCAAUCACCUAUGUUUUGUCUUAUGGGGUUCAGUUUGCUGCUCUAACAUCACUUGUUAGCCACACAAUUUGCUGGUAUGGAAAGGAUAUCUGGCACCAGACCAGAAAGGCAUUUGAGGAAAGACGUGAUGUACCAGCCAUGGAGACAUAUCAACCCCUUCGGGGAGAGACCGUUACAAGUCGACAAAAUUAUGACUUCUCGAGAGAUAACUCGCAUGAUCCUAGCCAGAAUAUAUCGCUGGGAGGAGAAGACGUCCAUUGCCGUUUGAUGAGACGCUAUAAGGAUGCCCCUCUCACAUGGUAUCUUCUUGUGCUCGUGUCAAUGUUGGCUAUUGCCACUUUCACCGUUGAGUACUCGGCGCAAGGUAUCAAAUUUUCAUCCGAUCUCAAACUCGGUCAUUAUAUGAAGAUUCCGCCGCGAAUUCUUUUCGGUGUGCAGAUGAUGGCAACCUUGGCUUCUAGCUUAACUCAAAUCGGAGUCUUGAACUGGAUGUUUAGUUAUAUCCCGGGUCUGUGCACCCCCGAGGCUAUCAACGGGUUCAAUUGUCCCAUCGCUCGAGUUCAUUUCAACGGCAGCAUUCUCUGGGGUGUUGUCGGACCACAGCGCUUCUUUGGUCCCGAUGGACUGUAUCGACCACUUGUGUGGGCAUUUCUGGUGGGGGCUGUGGCGCCAUUGGGAGCAUGGCUCCUUGGGCGACACAGCAAGAAGAGCUUCUGGCGUCUAGUCAACUUUCCCAUUUUGUUCGGUAGUCUGAGUUGGAUUCCCCCGGCUACCGGGCUCAACUUCUCCAUUUGGGCUCUUGUCUGUUUCAUCUUCAAUUAUGUGAUUCGAAGGAGAAGAACCGCUUGGUGGGAAAAAUACGCCAUGACACUGUCAGCCGCACUGGAUUCUGGACUGGCGUUUGCAGUGGUGGUGGUGUUCUUCGCUUUCAUCUAUCCAGGUUGGGUAGAUGGGUUCAAGUGGUGGGGGACGGAGAUUUACAAACAGGGAUGUGAUUGGGUUGCUUGUCCAUAUAAACCCCUCGAACCAGGUCAACGAUUCGGCCAGUAG